AUGCGAACCACAAUCCGAAAUCAAGCUUGCAACACCAAUAGUGUGGAUAUCGUACCAUAUCUGCCGAAUGAAGUGCUAGGCCUGGGUAGGGUUGUGGCUGAGGUGGACAGCGGCCUGCACUCAAGAUGUGGCCUCAUCAACAGUUCCGUACCAAGUACCAUCGGAAUUCAACAGAAGAUGGCUCGGUGGGUAGCACGAGUGAAGGCCAGAGCACCCACUUGUCUUUCUGCAACACUUGUGGCGGGCAUGAUCGGAAACACGAGGAUCAUGGCAUACCGUGCCAGCAUCGAUAUUGACCUUGCAUUUGGUGCCUGCACCCUGCUUGUACGCCGUGUAAAAGCUCAUAAGAUGCAGAGGAUUUGCAUAGUGACGCGGACAUUGGUAGUGGCGAGCAUCAUGGUAAAUCUGAUACAACCGGUCGAAGACACUCCCAUGUUGCGGAUUCCAGGAAGCUUGGUCCUGUCGCCACGAUUCAAUCGAUGA